AUGGCCUCCAACAAAUCUCCCAAAAAUUGGGUCCUAACGACUUCACCAAGCUAUUCUCUGGGGGGAGCUCUUUCUUUGGGGCAGGUCUUGACCAAUCCCUAUGAUGCCUCCAGUGGCCUUGUAUCCAGCAAUUUGCUCUCCGUCCCAGAGGGCACACUUCGCGACGAGACCAGCUGGAAAGACGUCAAUGAGCAGUUUACCAAUGCCAUUGGCGCUAAAUUUCACGCCUUGUUCAACGAUGCGUCUGGUCUUGUGGCUGGUGCCCAUGCCAACGCAAACCACCACCGCCAUGACAGGUCCAAUUAUCGCAUAAGCAAAAUACGCAGCAUCAUGUUUCAGCCCUCUGUCUCUUAUGCCAAGCAACUACUCGAAAUCGACCAUGUACCCACGAAGAAACCAUGGUUUGGUCAAACACGGUUGUACAUGGUGACUGGCCUGCGGAUUGCUGAAGGGGUGAGUCUGGACGCAACCGCUUCUAGAGCCAGCCACGUUGGCGCGGGUGCUGCAGGCGACUUUUCUCUGGUGGGAGCACCCAUAAGGACCGGCCUAGGUGGCCACAGGGAUACCAUGACUGAGAAUCAUAAAUCAGUGGCAGACAUUUCUUCGUUUGUAUUUGCCUACAGGCUCCAUGAGAUCAUCUGGACGGGUAUACUCAAAAAACCCUCACUGGAAUCCUUCAGUCGUGGUAGUACUCAUUCCGUCGAGCCAGAUUGGGCAGACCGGGUAGAUCCUGGGCUUGCCGAGAUGACGGGUUUCCAGAUAGAUAAAGUGGCUGAUCAGCCUUUUGAUGGAGAAGGCUAUGACAACAAGGAACGGAUGACUGAAUGA